GGUCGACGCAUGGCAUGGAAAUAAAUACGAAAUAGGUUCGGCAACCGCGAGUGGAAAGUAAAUAGAUAGUAGGCGUGCAGCCAUGGAAUAUGAAACGUUAUCAAAACGAUGCUCUAAGUUGUCCAGUAGCUACCAGCCUAACAUUGUGUAAUCUGUGUUCUUGAAAAUGUGAUCAGACUCUUAUAGCCGUAGAAAGCAUAAGUUAAGUAGGAAACAUUGUGCAGAUUACAGUAUUACGAAAUUGAAAGAGCAUAGGACCAAUCAAAUUUCUGCAGCAUAGACGACGCCAUUCGCAUUGUGCAAAGAUAUCGCAAUAAACCUUCCACGUUUACCCUGGUUAAUUAGACUAUGGAUCGAUUUCCCACCACCAGGCAAGACUUCCGUAAUCCAUUCGGUCAAAGACCAUGGAUGGAUCAAAAUGGUGCAGCUGCCGCGGCCGGAGGAGGUACCGGCUUGAAAGGGAUAGUAGCCGGAGGCAUUACCGGAGGCAUUGAAAUAUGUAUUACGUUUCCGACAGAGUACGUCAAAACGCAGCUUCAGUUAGAUGAAAAAGGUGCAACAAAACAGUACAAUGGCAUUGUAGACUGCGUGAAAAAAACAGUAAAAAAUAACGGUUUCUUUGGCCUGUACAGAGGUCUGAGCGUGCUACUCUAUGGAUCCAUUCCUAAAUCGGCGGUUAGGUUUGGCGCCUUUGAAACUUUCAAAGGGUAUCUAAUAGAGCCCAGUGGUCAGCUAAGUACCUCAGGGAAACUGCUUGCCGGUCUCGGUGCUGGUGUUGCUGAAGCGAUCCUCGCCGUUACACCCAUGGAAACCGUGAAGGUGAAAUUCAUCAACGACCAACGAAGUCCAAAUCCCAAAUUUAAAGGCUUCUUCCAUGGUGUUGGUAUGAUUGUCCGACAAGAGGGUAUGUCUGGUGUUUACAAAGGCCUGACUGCAACUAUCAUGAAGCAAGGUUCCAAUCAAGCCAUACGUUUCUAUGUGAUGGAAUCGCUAAAGGAACUAUACAAGGGAGACGAUCCUUCGAAACCUGUGCCAAAGAUGAUGGUUGGUGCGUUUGGUGCUGUUGCUGGGGCUGCCUCUGUGUUUGGAAACACGCCUAUAGAUGUAGUGAAAACGCGAAUGCAAGGCCUAGAAGCUGCCAAAUACAAGAACACAAUGGAUUGUGCCUUGAAGAUCUGGAAAAAUGAAGGCCCAUUCGCCUUCUACAAAGGAACAGUUCCGCGACUUAGCCGUGUAUGUCUAGAUGUGGCGAUUACAUUUAUGAUAUACGAUUCCUUCAUGGAACUUUUCAAUAAGUUCUGGCACUAAAUUUGAGCACAAAAUUUCAAUGGGAGUGCAAAGGAUCUUGUCAACACACAAAGGACUUAACCGCGAAAAGAACGAUAAGACUUUUAAGAACACGCGCGCUCAUCUCAACUAUUGUUGUUAGGUUAUUCUUUAGGCGGCGUAUUCGAAAAGCACUCAUAUCGCACCGGGACGCAUUUGUAGAAAAAAGCAAACUCAAACUAGCAAUAGUUAACUUCACACACUCACGAACGAUACGGGAAUACGCAACUGAAUCUAAUCAAACCAUGCUUAUGACCCUCUAUUAAUCGGAACGAAGGUAGUUUGUUCAAGCUAACCGAGCACAGCUGUAGAAUGUAAAUUGUUGAGUGCACAAUCUUGAAACAAUAGAUUACCCUCCGAGUUCGAUUCAAAUCAUUGCCAUUUAUACAUACAACCAUCAACGUACUAAUGAACUUUAAUUUUCCGACAAACAAUAAUCUAAUCAUUCCAGUCAAUGUGAAAACUGUCGUUUAGCUUAUUUUAAAGGCAAAUUCUAUAUCCAACAGGUGUACAAAAAAACUGAAUUCUUAAUUCUGGACAAUGACGCGAUUGAUUUUACAACGUAAAAUUUAUGGUUUUAUUAUUCACUGUUUUGUAUAGCAAUGUUCUAUAUCGUUUCUAACAAUUGAAAAAAAAAUCUAAAAGAAUAACACCUAUUUAUUGUUGGAUGUGUAAUAUAUUAUUAUGAAUGUAUAAUGAAAA